UGUGACUUGAUCUUCUCUUCAAACUGGAAAUUGUAGCGUGGUCGAGCACAAUGGAUGUGAACUUUAGGAAGUUGCAGUGAUAAUUUUCAGCAAUUAUUGCUGUCAUCAUUUAACAGAUUCAACGUAUGUAUUGCAACACACUGAUGUGCGCAACCGAAAGUCGUUCUGCGCGUCUUAAUUUAUAGCCUGGCUGCAAGAAAGAAACGAUAAGUCACGUACGCGGUGUAACUUCAACUGCUAAGUUAUCGUCAACGUUAACACUGGUGUGUGUAAAGUCAUCUGUGUAGUGGAUAUUCCGCAAAGAAGCCUACCUUGGAUAUUUCUUUGGAUAUUUCUUUUUAUUGGAGGACACCAUGCCCCAGACUACCCCAUACGCUGGCAAGUUCAGCCCCAACCCUUACAGCAACACCAGCACUCAUUACACUCCUGUAGAGACCGUCUACGGAGGCUUGUGUUACCAUGACAACAGCCUUGUGUCGGGGUCACUUGAGGCUUUGAUCCAGCAUCUCGUACCAACAGUGGACUACUUCCCCGAUAGGUCCUACAUCUUUACGUUUCUGCUCAGCUCACGGCUCUUCCUCCACCCCUAUGAGGUCAUGUCCAGAGUGUGCUACAUGUGCCUGGAGCAGCACAGGACGACUGACCCACAGAUUGACAGGAGGAGAAUCAGGGAGAUUGCGCCCAAGAUCGUUCAGCUCCUCACCGAGUGGACGGAGACGUUCCCCUACGACUUCCGGGAUGAGCGAAUGAUGCGCAGUAUCAAGGAUCUCACUCACCGUCUGGCCCUGGGAGAUGAGCUUUCACGCAGAGCCAUGCAGAGGAUGACUCAGCGACUGCUGCGCAAGCUCACCACCCUGGGCCAGUACGAAGAGUCCUUGGUUACCACCAGCGCCCCAGCAACGGAAAAGCUGACUGCCCAGAAGGCCAAGCAACAGGCGGCACGCAGGGAGGACGUGCUGACCGUGUGCAGUGACCCCUUCAUAUUGGCCCAGCAGCUCACACAUAUUGAGAUGGAGAGACUGAGCUAUAUUGGCCCUGAAGAAUUUGUCUACGCGUUUGCCCUGAAAGGCCCUAAGGACAACCAUAAGAGUUACCUCAACAAGCGCCGUGCAAGUAACCUGGAGGCGUACAUCGAGUGGUUCAACAGACUCAGCUACCUAGUGGCUACGGAAAUCUGCACUCCUGUGAAAAAGAAGCAGAGAGCGCGCAUACUGGAGUUCUUCAUAGACGUGGCUCGAGAAUGUUUCAACAUUGGCAACUUCAACUCCCUCAUGGCCAUUAUCACUGGGAUGAACAUGAGCCCAGUGUCCCGACUGAAGAAGACUUGGAGUAAAGUCAAUACAGCUAAAUUUGACAUCCUGGAGCAUCAGAUGGACCCCUCCAGUAACUUCUACAACUACCGCACAGCACUCCGCGGGGCCACCCAGAGGUGCCUCUCCGCUCAGACCAGCAGAGAAAAGAUUGUUAUUCCAUUCUUCAGCCUGUUUAUCAAGGACAUCUAUUUCCUCAAUGAGGGAUGUGCCAGCAGGCUACCUAAUGGUCACAUUAAUUUUGAGAAAUUCUGGGAGCUGGCAAAACAAGUGAGCGAGUUCCUGUCAUGGCGGUUGGCCGCAUGUCCGUUUGAGAGAGACAGGAAGACCCUGCAGUACCUCUUCAAUACACCCGUCUUCAGCGACGAAGAGCUCCAGUUGGCCUCCUAUGAAAGCGAGGGACCAGAAAACAACAUGGAGAGAGACACUCGCAGGUCCCUGAGGUCAUCACUAUACAGGGCCUAAAGAGUGAUCAGACAAUGGUGAACAGCUGUCUCAUACUCUGGAUUCAGUGACAAGCAUCAACUAGGACCAAGGACUCCACCUUUGUCCACAAACACUCCUCCAAUACGGACACAUAUGUUUCCCUACUAAACAAUGAAGACUUUGAGACUGGGUUCUCAACAUUACCUUGAGAAGAUGUCAUAAAAGAAUGUAUUCACUCCAUUAAGCUAAUUUUGACCUGACUUGGUGAGUCAAGUCAUUUGUACAGACGUAACUCUACUUGUUGUGAUAAAGAGCAUGUUGCUGGUAGGCAUGCUCUACACUGAUGAGGUCAAAUAUGCCUAUUUUGUCAUGUCAUUUUCAGUGUGUUACUGUGUGGUGAUAACAUGGACUUGGUGAAUCUCAUCAUGCUGACGUGUGAAAUAUUUCCUACAGUGCCAAUUAUUGAAUGUUAACCUGAGUAUUUACAGUCCUGUUACAGCUAUAACACUACCUUGUGAAAUAAGUAUUUGAUAAAGUAUAUGUGAGUGCUGGAGCGAAGAUUUGAUCAAACUGUUUGACUAAGAGUGUAACCAAAUAGUUGCACGGUAAAUAGUAAAUGUCUCAUCUUCCCUCUCGGUGGGGUCUAUACAAAACGUUACUUACACUUUGAUAAGCUUUGUUCUUCUGGCUUUAUCAUGUCUGCACUGAUAUUGUCUUUUUUCGUUUUGUAUCAUGUGUUUGUUUUUUCAUCAUGACAUUAUUUUAGAUUAUGAGACUUUAUAUUAGGGUACUCAAAGAAGUUGCUUUAUUAAUUGUCUCAUCAGUUCAUAUUUUUGUAAUAAACAGACUAAAAACA